UGGUGCUGAUAACCGUGCAGUGCGCGGCGCGAGCGCAACUGCCAACUCAGUCCCCUCUCGGUUGUCGUGUGGAAUGGACGUAUUGUCGUUCACAAUAUCGGUUAUUCAAAAAAUCUCAGUGAUGUGAUAGACGAACGUGAAAUGUGUAGGUGAAUGAGUGCCUAGAAUUUCCGUAUAUUUAAUGUGUUCGAGGGAUGCUGUCUAUGCGGAGAUCUUACCUAUACCGUUGUGUCGCGCUCCGAUGAUUCGGUUAAUAACUCGUAGAUCUACAGUGACUGUGUAAUAGUGGCUUUGCUAAGAUUUAGCGCCGUGGAAAGUUCACUUACCUUGGAACGGCUAAAGGAUACUAUUAGAAGCAUAACUGUGAUAUGUUACUGUGAAUAGAAUGGUACAUUGCAUCUAGUUUAGUGAAUAAGAGUGUGACAUGCUUUGUCAUUGAUGAUGGAGAGGAAAUUGACUCGUGAGGACUUCAUGCGGAAAAGCUUCCGCGCCCCUAGGGUGUCUCCGGCUCCCGAAAAUCCAGAACCAGCUGUUAAUGGGGCACCACCCCCUUCGCCGGUUUCUCUAGCUAUGUUGGAAAGAGUUCCACCUCAAAGAACACAGUAUGAAAUCACCUCGGCAGGUAUUGCUCCCAAAAGGUUAGAAAUUAGUAGAGCACACCCGAUCCACUUAAAAUCAUUCCAAGCACCCGAACCGCCCGAUGAAAAUGCACCGACACCACCGUCCGACGAAGUGUUACGAAAACUGGAAAGACAAAUUGGUGAAAUGGAACGAGGAUUGGAAAGAGCACAAAAUGGGAAGGUGGCAGUCGAUGAGAGAGUUCGGUACGCAGAACACGAGAAUCUUUUGCGUACUGGAGUUUCCUCUGUUGGUGGCGGUGGCUAUUUGGCGGCGGAUUCUGAUACGGAACAUGAUGUGGCACCAUUUAAUAGAAACGAAAGCACGAGGAGCAGCACUGGUGGUGCCACUCCCGUUUCCCGUCCAGCCACCAGACUAGCCAGAACUAAUUCCGAUACCCAACAGCAUUCUGUAGCCGCUACCGCUAGACUAAUGAGAAAACUUGCUGAUGGUGGUACUAAAGACGAAAAGGUUAAAGUGAUUUCGCGUAAAACGCUUCAUGCUCACAUGGAGCGUGUUAAGAACUCUGUCGUAGGGUCCAAGAAUGAGCACAGAGUGCUCGCGGAACAUAGAGCUGAUCCGCCUUCUCCGAGAACACCUACAUCACCUGUUUCACCCAGAUCUUCAACACAGGUGAAGUCGUCGUCGACGAAGAUGGGCGGGGGAGGUGGCGGUUCCGCGGAGGGCGGUGGCACGCGCGUCUCCCGCUCGCGCGCCUCCGAGGAACCACAUAUCGGAAAGUACAAGUUACUGAAGACGAUCGGCAAAGGCAACUUCGCGAAGGUGAAACUGGCGAAGCACGUGCCCACAGGCAAAGAGGUGGCCAUCAAGAUAAUCGACAAGACACAACUCAAUCCCGGCUCCCUGCAGAAACUGUUCAGAGAGGUGCGGAUAAUGAAGAUGCUCGAUCACCCAAACAUAGUGAAGCUGUUCCAAGUUAUAGAAACAGAAAAGACAUUAUAUCUCGUCAUGGAGUAUGCUUCAGGUGGAGAGGUGUUCGACUAUUUAGUAUUACACGGACGCAUGAAGGAGAAGGAGGCGCGGGCGAAGUUUAGGCAAAUAGUAUCCGCGGUGCAGUACUGCCAUCAGAAACGGAUUAUACACAGAGAUCUCAAGGCGGAGAACUUACUUCUGGACGGCGAGAUGAACAUAAAGAUCGCGGACUUUGGUUUCUCGAACGAGUUCACGCCCGGAGCCAAACUGGACACAUUCUGCGGCAGCCCGCCCUACGCCGCGCCGGAACUGUUCCAAGGUAAAAAAUACGACGGUCCCGAAGUGGACGUGUGGUCGCUCGGCGUCAUCCUGUACACGCUAGUCUCUGGUUCGCUUCCCUUCGACGGCACCACGUUACGGGAGUUACGAGAACGUGUCUUGAGAGGGAAAUACAGAAUACCGUUCUAUAUGUCGACCGAUUGCGAGAACCUCCUGAAGAAAUUCCUGGUACUGAAUCCAGCCAAGCGUGCCUCGUUGGAGAGCAUCAUGAGGGACAAAUGGAUGAACACCGGAUACGAGGACGAUGAACUCAGGCCGUAUAUAGAACCUCAGCAGGACUACAAGGACCACAAGCGGAUAGAGGCGCUGGUGUGCCUGGGUUACAACAGGCAAGAGAUAGAAUACUCUUUGGCGGAGGCGAAAUACGAUGAUGUUUUCGCCACGUAUCUACUGCUCGGAAGGAAAAGUACAGACCCGGAGUCGGACGGUAGCCGGUCGGGCUCGUCCCUGUCGCUGCGCACCGCCGCCGCGCCGCCGCCCGGCGCCGCGCAGGCCGCGCAGCCGCAGCACGUGGGUACAACGACGAGUGCCUCGAACAAUACUACAGCCACAUCCACCACAACGACCACGAAUUUUAAGAGACAGAACACAAUUGACUCGGCUUCCAUUAAGGAAAACACAGCACGGAUCGCACAAAUGCAGGUGGCUAGUUCUACGCGGCCCACGAGCGCUCAGCCGAAACUGGAGGCGCGGUCGCGCACGCUCACCGGCGGCCGCGCGGCGCCCCACCACGCGACCAAACCCGACCCGCCGCACGAACAGACCGGUUUGAACUCUGCAUUAACGACGGGCAGUAACGCAGCGAGCGGGGGCGCGCGCCGGGAGUUCCCCAACAAUAACCCGCUUGUGUUCCCGAGGAACGUGCCUUCCCGAUCCACCUUCCACUCAGGUCAGACGCGGUCGCGGGGCGCGAGUGCGGGCGGCGCGUACGGUGACGGCGGGUCGCCUCACCAGGCGCGGCCCUCCUUCUUCUCCAAGCUCUCCUCCAGAUUUUCCAAACGGCCAUUGGACGGUUCAACCCCGAAGCAUGCAGUAGGAGCUAGCCCACAAACCAUGCUUGGGCAAGGUAACGAGGAGCAGGUGAAGCCGCGUGUGCUACGGUUCACGUGGAGUAUGAAGACCACAUCGUCCAGGGAUCCCAAUGAGAUCAUGGCGGAAAUACGCAAGGUGUUAGACGCAAACAACUGUGACUACGAGCAACGCGAGCGGUUCCUCUUAUUGUGCGUGCACGGCGACCCUAAUGCGGACUCGCUCGUACAAUGGGAGAUCGAGGUGUGCAAGCUGCCUAGACUGUCGCUCAAUGGCGUACGCUUCAAGAGGAUAUCCGGCACGAGCAUCGGCUUCAAGAACAUUGCGUCCAAGAUCGCGAACGAGCUCAAGCUGUGACUGCCCGGGAAUGCCCCGCGCCGGCGCCGCCGCCGCCGCGCCUCCCCCCCGCAGCCGCGCGCGCCCCCCGGGCCCGGCCCCGCGCCCCCCGGCCCCGCCCCCGCGCCGCGCCUGCUCGCCCCCGACCCGCCCUCCUCCAGCGACGACCGCGACUCGCCCCCGCCCCCGCCGCCGCCGCCCCCGCCCCGCACCGACUCCCUCCGCCUCUCGGCCGAAGACAUGGUCUUCGUGGCGAACGGCGGCAUGAGAACACCGUCAGGUGCGUUAGCCCAUUUCCUCGCAGCCUACACUCCCGCGGAACUGUCUUUAGCCCGGAGUGAUUAUCUCCGCCCCCCGCCUUCCCCCCGAACUCAGCUCCUCCCGACUCCGCAGCCUCGCUCCUCUCUAUCUUUGCGAACGGAGAGCGUCGACGUCGAAAGAUCUCGCACUCUCCGGCCGAAGAUGCAGCACCAGUCGUACUCCUACAGCGUUCACACCCUGAGGCGGCAACCACGCGCUCGUUCUCCCCCCUGCGAUUGUUUGCCCACUGAUCCUAUUCCCCCGCCGGAGCUGUUUGAUUUUUAAACUUCGCUCUUUGGACGCGCAGAAAAAAAAAUUGUGAACAGUUGAAUUUCGAACUUUGGAUCUCCAGAAAGAAUUGUGUCGAUUUCUUUUAUCAAACUCCCAACCCGACUUGUUAUUUAGGUUAUGCUUUUCAGUUCGAUGAUGGAAUUUCGAAAUCUACCAAACGUCGUCGCCGCCCCGGGUAUCUUUCGAAUUUCAUAUUUUUGAAGAUCGAAUGAUCUGUAAAGGUUUGAUCGAAAAUCGAUUGAAAAUAAAUAACGAUACGUGCGUGCUGUUGUGAUUGCGAUCGAACGGUCGUAUCAUUCGAUUUUGUUUUUAAAUGAACCGAUUAAUAUAAAUAAGCGGCCGCGCUCGAGUCGAUCAUGAUCAUCGACCUUCUAACGAGACGGUGGUUUCCACCGAGCUAGUGAAUGAAAUGGUGACUUAAGAUGUUUUUAAUUUAAAUUAUCGAUAGAAUAAAUAGUGUUGGACGAUCGAGAAAAGGUUUCAAUGUGCCAAUUGAAAACGUACAGAAGGUGAUGUGUAUGGUUCACAGAUUGUGACUAUAUGAUCGGUAAAAUGAAAAAAAAAAACCGAUGCUUUUUCUCUUUUUUAAUUGUAAUUGUAAACUAAAUUCGAUUAUUUAAAGGUUUAAAUGUGAAUCCGCUCUCAAUUUACGCCACUUGUAAUAUAAUUUUUACUUGUUACAAUGAAUUUCUAUAUUUUCUUUUAUUUUUCUUUUUUUCUCUGUAGAUAAGUCGGCCGUCGGACGACAAGCGCGCCGUUUGUUCCGAACACUUAUUUCUUGAUUUUUUUAAUUGUUUUUGAUUAUAAUUUCAAAGCGUUGUCGAUGUUAUGAAAUUGCAAUUUUUUUCUUAAAAGACAUUUUUGUGCCGGCAUGUCGCCCGUCGGCCAUUCGUGCUAUGCUUACCUUAUUGCGUAUUUACGUAUUUUUAAUCAUAUUGUAAUAAUGUACAAAGUGAGUUUACGCUCAAGAAUACAAUUUAGCGUUAGUAAAUUAAUUAUAUAUUUUUUUCCAAUUAUAAUGACAAAUAAAAAUAUACAAACAAAAAAAACAAUAUGGCUGUCGUCGAAUAGCGAUAUUAAUGUUCAUAAUGUAUCGAUAUAAUUAUGUCAUUGUAAGUCAGUAUAAUGCCGCCAGUUUAUGUUGAUUCAGUUUAAAAGGCACGGCACGGCUGACGCGUGUUGAACAUAAAAUGGUUGUAUAAUCGCGCGAUCGCCCACCGCAGUUGUCUCUUUCUAAUUGUAAGGCUGAAUUAGAAAGUGUCAAAGUAAUGUUCCCAAUAACUUUAACACAAUCUAGAUGCAUCGUAGGGUUUAUAUAUAAAAUAACUUCACUAAUUGAGGAUAUUAGACGUGUACUGUAUUUGUGAUGAAAGUAUUAUGGACUUUGUAGUUACAUAGCAAUAAUGUUCUUUGUUCAUCGUGUCAAAUUUGAAUGUGUCCCUCCUUCUUUAUUUGUACUUUAAAUAACCCGUUUGGAACGCAUUUUCAGCCUGCAAUUUGUUCAUUAACAGUUUUCGGUUUUUGUGAUUUGGUGUGAUACGCUUUCAUUUUCUAUAUGUGUGUGAUGUUUCGCAUACUUACUAGGUGAUAAAUAAAUAAAUAUAUAUAAAAAAGAAUAGUUUGUAUGUACGUACGUAACGUGUAAGCUGUGCGGCGAUCGCGUCCCUUUUUCUAUAAUAUAAUUAAGUGUAGUGUUAUACUUUUACAUGAAAUCACAAAUCUGACAUUCUCGUUGAGUUCAGAAGUUCCGUCGCCGCCAUUUUGACAAUUCAAUGCAUGUCUUCGUGAUACAAGGUAUUUUUGACUGAGGAUUCGGUGUCGAUAUCGAUAUCGAUAAAAUUGUAUUCGUUACUUCACUAGUUGGACUUUUCUAAAGGAUAUUGUCAUAAUAGUGUAAAAGCAAGGGAAUUUUGUAAAUGUUUACUGUUAAAAAAUGUAUUAUAUAUAAUUAUUACGAUAAAAUAUUUCUCCCUUGUAUUUCCAACGCGAGAUACACUGUAUUUAUGCUCUUCAGUAAUGAAUUUAGGUGUAAAAGUUACUCAUUUGAUGUACUUAGUGUUAAUUUUUUCAUGUUUAUAGUUGUUAUUUAGAUAUUCCUAACAUGAAAUAAGUAAAAAAAUGCAAUAACUUUAACGCCGUGACGCUGUCACUCGCUAGAAAUGAAUCACCUAUAGGUAUAUAUAUAAAAUAUUGCUGUUUUCAAAGAAAGUGGUUACGUACCAGUGAUUACAGGUUUAUGAAACAGUACAAUGUUAAAAAUAAAAAUAUAUUUACAUUACAAUAUGAUCAUAAUAAUAUAACUUGAAUUAUAAAAAACAAAUACCUUCAAAGCAAAAGUACAUAGAAAAGUUUUUUCCGAAACGUAGUUUGAGUUAAAAUGGCGCGUAUCUCGGCGGAAGUGACGUCACACAAGAUGGCGGCGCGGUUCACCCGGGGUACAUAAUACUGUUUACAUACUGUAGUAAUAUAUUUAUAUAUAUAUAUAUAUGAGCUUUGUUUCACGAUAUAAUUUAGUGUAGAGUCGGCGCCUGGGUUUGCUCGGGCCCGGCGCGUGGUACGCCCUUUUGUGAGAUAUUCAAGUGGAAAUAAAUUUUAUUUUUAAUUCCGAAUUGAUU